AUGCCUCACCGAGAAAACAACUUUACCAUACGCGAACUGCAUCCUUCUUUCGCAGCUGAGAUAUCUGGCUUGGACUUCUCUCAGCCCAUUCCAGACUCCACUUUUGAAGAACUUCUUGCUGCGAUCGCCAAGUACGGUGUGAUUCGGUUCCCUCAAACCGGACUUGACGAUGCCAGACAUGUAGCUUUCGCGGCCAAAUUUGGAGAACUGGAUGAUAUUACUCCUCAUACCAAAGCAGGGAAAAAGCACCGUCUGGACUUUCCCGAACUGUUCGAUGUUUCGAAUCUGUUGGAAAAUGGGGACAUAGCGCCUUUGGAUUCGCAUCGGUCGGCGAUGAAUAAAGGCAACAAUCUCUUCCACGUGGACAGUUCCUUCAAUCCGCGACGAGCCGGCUAUAGUAUUCUUCGAGCUCACGAGCUUCCUCCCGCUGGUACUGGAGGAGCCACUGAGUAUGCGGAUACAAGAACAGCAUUCGACGACCUUUCAGAGGAUUUGAAGCGUGAACUUCUUGAAAAUGAUUAUGUUGCCUGCCACUCUCUCUAUCAUUCUCGCAAGCUAGCGGCUCCGGAUGCUCUCGAAGGCGUUAUCCCUGAGGAUCACUUCAUGGCGAGACAUAAACUGAUUCAACGACAUGAAGCGAGUGGGAGAUGGAAUAUUUAUAUUGCUGCGCAUGUGCAUCAUCUCGAGGGCGUUGCUCCGGAGAAGUCGAAGGAAUUGAUUGAUGCAUUGUAUCAGCAUGCUUGUCAGUCGAAAUAUGUGGUCAGUAUCCCGUGGGAGAAUGCGAGUGAUGUGAUUCUGUGGGAUAAUACUUGCGUUAUGCAUCGAAGUACGGGUGGGAGCUUUGAGGGCAAAUACAAGCGUGAUAUGCGAAGAGCUACAGUACAUGAUGGUAGCUCCCAGGCCUGGGGUCUCAAUGAUCGCAAUGCCGAGAGAAUGGGCAUUCCAUAG